GUGCAGUUCAACACAGGUCGUUCCAAAGAGUGCUCGCUUAAAUUUGAUCCUAGGGAAAAAGGAAACCACACAAUUAGCCGAAAGUUAAUCAAAAACAAAAAGUGUACCUAUAUCUUCUCAAAAAAGUGGACCAUUCGGUGUCGCUAAUCGCCUGCAACUGGAAUAACUUAGCCGAACGAGGGAUCGAAAUCAACAUAAUGAGGCGACUCUUGAAAUUCGUCUCGACUAGAGUCUGAUGUAAUUUGGGACAGAGAUUUUGGGGAAGUGCAUACUCUGAAGCUGAAGUCACUUCUUCAGUAUUUGGGGAAGAGGAUGUGGAGCGAGUCGAAUUUCUUCGUUUGGUAUUCUAAUGAAUUCCUGGCUGCAAACGCUGGCUGUGUAGGAAUUUUGGUCUGUAGGAAAUAGUUAGUGCAGUUACCAGCCGGUUGACAGGAAAGUCGUUGAAGCAGAAGCCGGAAGUGGAACUUUGGGCACUGAAACGUUACUACUGUUAAAUUGUCCUUAAAAUUAGCAAGUGGAUCAAAGAGAGUUUUUCACCUCAGUCUUGGACCAACCUCGAACGGAUUAACACACCCUGCCGGAUUGAAAAGAAAAGCGCCAAAGGAUACUGGAAAAGUGAAUGAAAACUGUGAACUUCUACAAUGGGAAACUGGUGCUCGGUUUAAAUCGAGCCGCAGCCGCAGGGGGGAGUCACCUUAUGAAAACCGAGAAUGUGUUGGGCAGGGUUGGAUUAUGGCCUGAAAGUGAAACUUUUAUACGUGCAGCAGUAAAAAAAGAACAGCUGAGUGGGUAAAUUUAAACUGGCAGAGUUUUAAAUAAGCUCUCGCCCGAAUAUGGAAAAAGUUUCUGACAGCUUCAGAAAGAGGUGGUAAUCAUGCGGAAGUGUUGCUUUGUGUGAGAAGUGAAAACGGAUUAAGGAAAAAAAUAGGUGUAAUAACCAGAAACGCUUGGAUUUUGGGAAAUUGCAUUUAGGAUUGGAUUCCAGUUGCUUUUAAAUAAGAACAGAAAAGAAAAUCAGUGGAUAUAACUAAGCAAAAUGGAAAUCCCAGAAACUGGAGCCGUUUUCACUCUGGGUCGUUCCUACCUUGCGGAAAAUAUUGGAACGGUCCUACACCGGCAGCAAUCUGCCUAUCAGAACAGUCCACGGACCACAGACCAGUCGCAAAAUGAACCAAGCAACGGAACCGGAAAUGGGAUGACCCUCGGAAUCGGAAGUGCCAUGAUGGCGGCCACCAUAGCCGGAAUGCAAAUGCACCGUGCGGGAUUAAGUCCAGCCAGCCAGCAGCCACCCAAAACUCCCGUUCAGCAGAGCUACUUCUUCAUCAAGAACGAUCCGGUAGCGAAAAUUGUGUGCGGAAACAAACAGAGUGGCGUCAUUUGUGAAUCCGGACGGUUGUUCGUGUGGGGCAAAAAUCAUUACGGUCAGCUGGGCCUCGGAUCGACCGACGUCUGCGUCAAACCGUCCUGUGUUCGAACGAUGAAAAAGUACAAACUCCAAGUGAAGGAUGCUCGAUUCGGUGGAAACGGAUAUGGGCUGAUUUUGACAGCCUGUGGCAAAGUGUUCUACAGUGGCAAAAUCGUGUUCCCGUUCAACGCAAAGGUAGCCUCCUUGCUGGAGGCUCCAUCGCUGCGCAAAAACACCUCGGACAACAGCGAGUACACCCACCUUCCGGUUGAGCUGACCGAGUUCAACGUAUGUCUGGAGAAGGAGGACGAGAAGGUGAUCGAUUUGGCGGCCGGAUUUUGUCAUUUUGUCGCACGAACUAGUGCCGGAAAUUGUUUUGGCUGGGGCUAUAACAGUCAUCAACAGUUGGGUGGAGUUGAUUCGUUGAAGAUACUCACUAGGCCGGAUCGGAUUGGAGUCGAGGAACGGGUUGAGUUGGUUGUAUGCGGGAACUAUUGCACCUUGAUGGUUUCCGAGAGUAAUCGGGUGUAUCUGGCUGGGAAGUAUCAGAAGAUUACUAUUCCGGUGGUUAAGGAAUUGGAAGUGGAGCUACCGUCUAAAGUUGUUGGGGCCAAGAUUACCAAGAAUGAUUUGAUCUACUUGUUGCUGGAGGAUAACCAGGUGUAUAGGAGUAAUCGAGUUCAUAAGAUAUCGGAACUACGUUUCGAUAGGAUGGAUUUGCUGGAUCAGUUGCUUCGGAAGAACGAAGUCAUAACGCAGGUCGCUCCGGCAAAUAAUUUCACUUCGUUCGUCACAAGUGAGGGUCGACUGUUGACCACCUACGAUAACCAUAGUCCGUUUACACCGUCGGAUCACAUCCGGGAGUUGACGAAGUUUAAGGAAUACUUGGUAGCCAAUGUGGCCAGUGGACUGGAACACUCGUUGAUUCUUGCUUUCCCGAGAAAGAAGCGGAUGCCAUCGAUCGAGAUAGAUUAUUGCGAUGCUGUUCAAGCCAUUGAAGCUUCAAUCAACAAUGAAGAACAGAAAGCUCGAAAGCCAACGCCAAUGCCCAGUAGUCCUGGGGUAGAGCUAAGUCAAGAGAUGAUUCGACAGGAAAAGCGAAGACUUCGUCAGGAAAAGAUUGCCAGAGAACUAUCCAAAGACGAGUGUAUUGAAAUAGAAACAACUGCCGAUGAAGUUCGUUUCAUAGACAAUGGAAUCGACAUAACUUCGAUGGUGAUUUCAUCGGAGGACAUCGACCAAAAUGCCAUCCUUGAGGAACAUCAAAUGAACGAGAAAAACCAACGGCUAGAUCCUCGAUACGCCUAUCACAAAACCGUAGCCAUGGAUCAGCUGAUGCACUCGAAAACUCCAACCCCGAACAUCAGCCAGCUGAUCGAUUACAGUGAUGGGGAAAAUGGAAGCAUUUCCUCGCAAUCGACCUUUGAGGAUGAGGAUUCCUCGACGGAACCGUACAGCCCUCCGGUACAGGCAACGAAUGUUAACAAUGGUAAAAAUGGCACAGGCGAUCCAAACAACAACAAUCAGACAAAAAAUGGCAAAGAUCGGAAGCAUAGUUUGGAGAGUAAGAUGAAGAAUGGCAGCAAUGGAAGCGUUAAAUCCAGUGGGAAGGUGAAGAAAUUUCUGAAGGAUUUGAAAACUAGGAGUUUGGAUGUGACCUGCCGGAAUGCGGGAAAGGUGCUGAACGAUGAUUCCAAAUAUGCUAAGGACGAUCACGCCAUCAGAGACCGCUCAUCCAAAGUGUGCAGCAUAAUGUAGAACAGACCAUUUGCUCCUGCGUACAACUUAAAACCAGCACAUGAUUUCAUAAACGUUUUAAAGUGCAUGUCGAAUUAAACGAAAACCAUUAAAACUUUCACUAGG